UUUAAAGCAAUAAAAAUAACAAAUCAAAUGCAGUAAUUUGAGAAGAACGCUUGAGGGCGACUUCGAACCAGUUUUGAAUGAACAAGGACAGAAGCAUGCCAUGUGUUGUUGGGUCAGAGGCGAAGGUUCAUAGUUGAAAUUCGAAAAGAUGGUGGCGCACGCAGAAAUACGCGUGGUUCACCUUGGUGGCAGCAAAAUAAACUUCAGAGAGCCAGUUAUUACAAAUGAUUCCAGGUUCCUCUUGUGUGCCUCGGGGGAGUCAGUGAAAGUGUACAGUUCCAGCUCUGAGGAAUGCGUCCAUGAUUUGCAGGGACACACAGACCUGGUGUCAGGCAUUGUCCGCAACCCUUCAAACCACCUGCAGGUAUACUCGUGCUCAGCAGAUGGCACUGUCCGAUUGUGGGACUUCACAGAUGGCAUCCUUAUCAAGACCUUCAUUAUUGGGUACCCCAUCUACUCCAUAUACGUCUCUGAAAAUCAUGGAGGAGUUGUGUUUGUCGUCGUCCCAAUGGCAAAUGACAAAAGCUCUGAGCUGUUCCAGCUGGUGGCUGUUCAUCUGCCCUUAAGUGGGGACCAGGAAGUGGAGGCGCGAGAGCUCUCGGCCGUCCUGUGUGAUGUCAGCCCCUCUGGGGCUGCCUCCUUUGGCAGAAAGGGUGAAUACAUUGCUGCCGUCAAAGGUUUACAGCUUGAGGUGUUUUUCUUCAAGAAGCAGAAGUCUCACAGGUUUUUCCUCAAGUCGGGGAAUAAGAAAGGGGCUAAGAAUGCCUUCACCUGUGUCUCGUGCCACCCUAAAGAGGACUGUAUCGCCACAGGUCACGAGGACGGCAAAAUUCGCCUGUGGAGAAACUUCAACCAGAAGAAGGAGUACACAUACUCCACCCUACACUGGCACCACGGGGCAGUCAACACACUGCAAUUCACCCCUGAAGGCACCAACCUGCUAAGUGGGGGGAUAGAAUCGGUGCUGGUCCAGUGGCAUUACACACAAGAGAACCAGAAGGACUUCCUGCCGCGCCUGGGCGGCGCAAUCACACACAUUGCCGUGUCACCUGACGGUUCAUUGUUCUGCACCUCCCACUCUGACAACAAAAUCACUAUCAUCCAGAGCUGUGUUAAAGUGUCGGCUAUUAUCCAGGGGCUGGUCAAGGGUGAGGGUGUGCGGACAGACCUGACGAUCGACCCGCGUAGUAAAGCCUUGGUGCUCAACGGGAAACCAGGCCACUUGCAGUUCUACUCUCUCCAUCGCGACAAGCUGCUCUACAAUUUGGACAUAGUACAGCAGGAGUACAUCCACGAAGAGGGUCUGGACCAGUUUGAAGUGGUAAAGGCGGCGUUCGACACCCGAGGCGACUGGCUUGCUACGGUGGAGGAGAGGACGCAAAAAGGCUCUGAGUUAGAAAUCAAUUUGAAGCUGUGGGCGUACGAUGAGCAAACUCAGAGUUUUAUGCUGAACACUACAGUCACAGCCCCCCACGAGGACCAGAUUAUAGCCAUGUGCUUCAGCCCCUCACCGGAGACCACCAUGCUGGUGACUAUCAGCUUCGACGGCCACUUCAAAGCCUGGCUUCUGGCAGACCACUCGGACACCAAGGCAGAGGGAGCCUCCUGGUCAUGUGACUUUGUGGGCGGGUACCACCACCUUAAGCCUGGCUGCUGCUGCUUCUCGGCCGACGGCUCCCUAUUGGCUGUCGGUUUCCAGGAAGUGGUGACUGUAUGGAGCCCUUCCUGGGAGCUGCUUACCACCCUGUCCCAGCCCCCAGGGGCCAUCAGGGACCUUUGUUUUGGAAGGUUAAGCUGUUCCAAGUACCUGUUGGGGACCAGCACCAAGAACCAACUCUGUUGCUGGAACCUCCUCACCUGCUCACUGGAGUGGAGUACCCCCGUGGAUGUGAGCCUGCUCCAGGCUGACCCACUGUCUGAGAACAUGGCUGCCUUCUGCAGUCAGUCUGGCUGCUCCGACUUGUUUGUGUUCAAGCCCGGCGAGCCGCGGCCCAUCUACUCCCAGAAGGCCUUGUGCACGGGCAAGGUACAGCGUGCCGUCUUUGCCCCACGCGACCAGAUGCUGGAGAGCUGCGAGGAGCACGCUCAGUGGCUCAACAGAUCCCAGCUCUACUUCUUCACCCAACAUAUGGAUUUGAUGACGUUUAGCACUAAGACUGAGGAGGACAGACUGUUGGCGUCUAGUAAACGGCUCAUGGUGGACGACAGUGUUGCCGUGACGCCGUUCUAUCUGUUGCUAGGGAAACACAGGCAGCAGCAAGAAGCGCUGACCAAUCCCAUGGCAGAAAGGAUUCAGCUACCACAGGGUUCCAUUGCCAUCAAGGAGCUGCUAUACACCCCAGCCCACGUCCUGCCUUCAGCCUCGUUCCUCUGCUCUAUGUUCGUACGCUCCCUGCUCAUCUCCAGAUCUUCUGCCAGUGAGGAAAAGGAACCUGUAGAAGAGGAAAUGGAGAGUGAGGAAGAGGACUCUGAAGGGGAAGCAGAGCUCCGAGACGCCAGGCAGGAUCUGGGGGGGUCGGCAGCAUGGGGCCCAGGUGAGGAGUUGGGGGCACCAGCUCUCACGAAAGCCCAGGAGCGGGAACUGAGAAGAGUGAAACAUUUUGACCACAGCUGGCUCAGUAGCGUCCUGGAAUGUUAACCUUUUACCAAGCCCACACACACUUUACCCAGUCAUAGUUUUCCUAUGGCUGUAUUUUGAUGUAAUAAAAUAUUUCAAUUUCAAA